GUUGGAGCAAAGGAUCAUCAGCGCUUUCAAGCUUCUUAUGCAACUAUCCUCAAGGCCCACAUGACAGCUCUAAAGAAAAGGGAGAGAAAGGAUAAGAAAAAAGCUGCAGAGGGUGAUAAGAAAGAAGGGGCUGCGAAGAAGCCCAAGAGGGUGUAAAUAAUUCCCCUUUUUACUCCUUAGGCUCCUCCUCCUUUUUGAGAAAGAAAAAGAAAGAAAAAAAAAAAAAAUCAACUUGAAGCAAGUUUAGGGACGAAGUAUAGGGUUUUUUUAGAUGUUACCUUUUGAUUGAUGGUAUUUUCAUGACCUGGUUGAAUGGAAAGAUUUGGAAGGUAGUCUUUUUUAUGUUCUGCAGUUAAAAUUAAUUUUGAAAAAAUUGUAGGAUAUAUUUAUUUUUUUGUUUUCAGCCUUGCGUGGAUUUGUGUUCUCAAAUUUCCUGAAAUUAACAUCAAAAGAUAUAAAUUGUACUAAAAUCGAUUGAUUAGUAUAAAGUGAUUAGUAAACAGAUGAUAUGUAAUCAUAUUUGCUUAAAUAGGAUAUCUGGAUAUGUGCUUCUUCUUCUUUUAACAGAUAAUGAGAGUAGUCUGUUGGUUCAGAUUUAUAUAUUCUUGGCCAAAUGUAGAUUACUUUUCCAGACA